AUGGCACGAGAAGCUGAUGCACGAUUAUUUUUUCCCAACUGUGUGUUCUCUGAUGAAAAUUUCCAAGGUCGAUUCUGCAUGCCCCUACAUGUGGUGCUAAAGAUUAUUGGUGAGCUUUGUCAGGUAGUACCUCAAUUUAAUUAUCAGUAUGAUGCACUGAAUAUUAUGGGUCAUAGCCCUGAACAAAAGGUUACUUCGGCCUUAAGGAUUCUAGGAUAUGGCAGACCUCCAGAUUCUAAUGAUGAGACUUCGCAUUGGAAAAACAACCGCAUACAAUAUAAGGGUCAUUACGCAAAACCAAUGGUUAUCCUUGAGGCUGCUUCUUAUGAUUGUUGGAUAUGGCACGCUUUUUUUGGUCUCCCGGAAUCUCAAAACGAUAUAAAUGUAUUACAUAAAUCGCUUUUGUUUGAAGAUUUAAAGUAUGGAAUUUCUCCUCGGGUAAAUUUCAGUAUCAACGGGAAUCAGUACACUCGUGGUUAUUAUCUUGUAGAUGGAAUUUAUCCAAAAUGGUCAACUUUAGUUCAGUGUUACCGCCAGCCACCUGUCGGUGAAAUGGGUCGUAGAUACUCAUAUUUCAAUAGUAGACAAAUGAAUAUGAGAAAGGAUGUGGAACGGGCUUUUGGAAUUCUAAAGCGAAAGUUCGAAAUAAUUUGUGGGCCUUAUCGUGGUCUAAGUGCUCGUGAAAUGCAUAAGACUAUGCUGACUUGCAUCAUUAUGCAUAACAUGGUAAUCCAGGAAACUCGUCGUAAUAAGAAAUGGACUAACCAUCAAGACGAAUACUUAAGGCCUGAGAUUAUACCAGCAAGAGGAUUACCUGCAAGGAAUUAUGCACAAAUGACCAGUCAUAUUGAGAACAAAACUCUGUAUAACAUGUUAAGGGAAGAUCUCAAAGCGAAUAUGUGGGCUGAGUUUGGAAGAGAUGGGGGACGAAUUGAGUAG